CACCCUUUUUCUCUCAACGCUGCUCGCUCACUUGCAGGACAGCAGCGGAUGGACGAUCAGCUGCACAGAAAGCAAGCUGCUGCCGCUUCUCUUUGUUCUGUUUACUUUGAUCGUCGUUACUCUUGAAUUGCUGUUUUUCACUUCCUGUCAAAAGAAGUCUGAGUUUCUGAUCUUCGCAGUGACACUCUAGUGAAACAACAUGAGCACUAACCUAAUGGCUUCCUUGCAGUCCAGGAUUCAGAUGGCAAAGGAAGUCAAUGACGAGGACAAGUUGUACAGAUACAACGGGGUGCUGUACCCGUGCCUCAUGUGCCCUGAGGAUAAUUUAAAGGCUCUGGAGAACCUCAAGGCCAGAGAGGAUGACAUCAUGCUGGUGGCGUAUCCCAAAUGUGGUUUUAACUGGAUGGUCGGGGUGUUGAAGAAGAUCAUUGCAGAGGCCACAGGGGUAAACACGGAGUACAAGGGGCCGCCGCUGAUCGAGUUUCUUGGACCAGAAGCCUUAAAGGCCAAGGAGGAGACUCCCUCUCCGAGGUUUCUGGGGACUCACAUGCACCCUGACAACAUCCCCGCUUCCUUCUAUGCAAAGAAAACUAAAAUGCUGGUGAUCUUCAGGAACCCUAAAGACACCCUGGUCUCCUUCUACCACUUCUCCAACAACAACCCUGUCCUCCCAGCACAGUCCUGGGAAUCCUUCUUCUCCGACUUCCUGAGUGGAAACGGUGAGAAAACACACUUGCCGCCUUCACGAGCAAAAGACAUGAAGCAUGUAAUAGUCGGUGCUUAUUUUGUGAUCCAGUCUAUUUGUUAUUAAUUGGAUCUCAUAUGA